AUGGCGCACAAAAUAAAUCUUCACUGCCCUUCCAUCGACAAGACCAAGAGCGACUUCACCCUCGGACCUUUCGAUAAACAUGACAAGGUCCUCCAGCAAGUUCGCACGUUCUUCAAGAUCGACUACGCCGCCGUCUACGACAUCCGCGCUCAACCGAUCGACGAUAUCUGCGCCUGCGAAGCGGGACAGAUUGUGCAAGUCGCCGCGUCAAAGGGCGAGAUCAUGAAGUACUACAAACCCAAGGUCUGCAUCUUCUACAACGGUGAAGAAGAGGUGUCCAAUGAGUGGGUCGACGGUUACGGCUUGCCAUGGAAGGAUCUCAACGACUAUCAGAGGUGCUCGCACGUCAUGAGCCUCGGCAAAGGCCCAGGAGGUUUCGUCUUGGACAACACCAUCCGGAUCACGCGCCCGUACGCCGACGUUCAAAAGGACCUGAAGGAAGUCGCCGGUGCCGCUCCUGACGGUAUGGAAAGCAAGCGCAACCUUGGGAUUGCGAUCUUCUUGAAUUGGGCUUGGAAAUGGGAGAUGCUCCUGCCCGCUUCAAUGAAGCCCGCCAAGGAUAACGACAUGUCCUCCAAGGUUCUCGGUCUCCUCGUCGUCCUUUCCUCUUUCACUCACGGCUCCGCGAGCCUAGUACGCCGCUAUCUCGUCGACGCCGUCAACGCCCGCGUCUCAGGUGCGAAAGACGAUGAGACGAAAGACCCACUCCUCCGCGCUCAAGACGUCGUGCACGUGAUCAGCACACUGUAUGAGAAGGCGGGCAGCCUAGCUGCGAAGAUCGCGCUAGCCAAGGAGAAGGCGAUGAAAGACAAGAUGAAAGAGAAAGCGCGGAAGACGGCCUGGAAGGCGAAGCAGAAGACGGGAGGAAAGGGCAAAGAGCCAUCUGACGUCGACGAUCUUGCCGACCAGCUGGGUGGCCCUCACAACUACAUAGAUCUUACUUAG